GAGAGAGAGAGCACGUGCAGGAACGAAGUAUGGUCAUGGCGACUGUUUGUUGACAAUCUCUGGCGCCACCAUCAAGCCCACGCUCCCUCCCAUCUGUCCCUUUCACGAGGAUCUCAUUCGUAACAAAAUAAAAAAAAUAAAAAAACUGCUAAACCCCGAGGUGCACACUAUCUUAAAACUCGUCUAUUAUAAUGCUGCGUGAAGAUCAAAGUUUACUAUUGGUCACGACGACUCUAUCGAGCAAUGAAUACGAUGUUCAGAGCUAUUGUUGCAGUACGACACUCUCUGCAUGGCAGGAGGCGGGUCUAGGGGUCAGGUGCACGGUGGGCACCAUGCUCGGGCCAGCAGCCUGUUGGUCAACACUCGCAGUGCCUCCAGUGCCGGCACAGCGAAACCAAAAACACACAAUGUCUCCACUGCGGGUACUCACCAUCCUGCUGGUGCUCCUGGCGGUGCUGACGCUGCUGACGGAGGAGGUUGAAGGAGCUAGGCGGAGAAGGCGGCGGCGGCGGCCAAGGGGCAGGAGGGGGCGGGCUGAUGGCGGCAAAGGAAACAGGCGGCUUCGGCACGCCAUAGGCAGGAGAGCCGAGUUCGUGAGGCGGCGACUACAGAAGGCGAGGCGGCACAAGGAGGAGGGAACCCUCAGACUGACGGACGGCCGCGCGGACUGGGAGGGAAACGUCCAGAUAUUCCACGAGGGCCGCUGGGGCAACAUCUGUGACGACGAGUGGGACGAGCGUGAGGGCGAGAUGGUGUGCACCGCCCUGGGCUUCCCGGGGCUCGAAAAAGUCACCUACACUGGAGUCUACGGUCACGCCAGAGAGAGGUACUGGAUGGACAACCUCUUCUGCAUGGGAACAGAGAAGAACCUGACGCAGUGCAAGUUUGACGGCUGGGGCAUCCACGACUGCGAGAAGGACGAGGCCGCCGGCGUGGUGUGCAGGUCCCACUUCGCCACCACCGCCGCGCCGCCCACGCUGCCGCCGAGGGACCAGCCCAUCAUAAUAAACAAGACCGUAUUAAACCAUGCAGUCGAGGGGAAGCUGCAGCUGCGUUUGCAAGGUGGCCGGACAGACACCGAGGGCCGCGUGGAGGUGAAGUUCGCCGGCUCGGACACGUGGGGGCUGGUGUGUGGGGACGGCUGGUCGCUGCUGGAAGGCAUGGUGGUGUGCCGCCAGCUGGGAUAUGGCUACGCCCAGGGAGCUCUGUCCACAGGCUACUUCGGCGGAAACACCUCAGACAUCACGGUCAGCGGCAUCAAGUGCACAGGGAACGAGGAGAGGCUGGAGCAGUGCCUCCAUGAUGCCGUGGGGGAUGUCUUCUGCCCUAGCCCAACCACAGACCCCAGUAUUGCGGGAGUCACCUGUGUUGAUAAGAUGGCAGACCUGGUGCCAGACCACAUGGAGCUGGCUCGGUCAGCUCGCCUGGAGGACAAGCAACUCUUCUUCCUGCAGUGUGCCAUGGAAGAAAAUUGUCUGGCUACUUCAGCUGCAGAGGAAGAGAAGAGUGGCUAUGGCUGGCACCUCAACGUUCGGCGGCUGCUGCGUUUCACGGCCAGGAUAUUCAAUCAAGGGGAUGCAGCCUUCAGACCACUCCUGCCCAAACAGUACUGGGAAUGGCAUGCUUGUCACAUGCACUACCACAGCAUGGAAGUGUUCGCUCACUAUGACAUCAUUGACUCUCAAGGAAACAGAGUAGCAGAAGGCCACAAAGCUUCAUUUUGUCUGGAGGAUAACAACUGCCUGCCAGAUGUGGAACCUGUGUUCAAGUGUGCCAACUAUGGUGACCAAGGCAUCAGUCCUGGCUGCACAGACACUUAUGCUUACAACAUUGAUUGCCAGUGGGUUGACAUCACUGAUCUCAAGCCAGGCACAUACACAUUUAAGGUUGCAGUCAAUCCAGAGCUCAAAGUAGCAGAGAAGAGUUUCGAUAACAAUGCUGCCAUUUGUGAAUUAAUAUAUGGGGAGACCAGUGCAUGGGUGGGGAACUGCACUCUGGCACGACCUUGAGCAACAUGGUGGCUGGAGCUCCAUUACUGCCACCUGUCCUGCUUUUCUUCUGUUUCUCAUCCUGAAUUCAUUCUAAAAAGUGCUGUUGUUUAAUUAGUUAUAUGUACUUAUUUAUUUAUUUAUUGUAUGAUAUUUUGUAAUAUGGUGUUAAUAUUUUUAACAGUUGUGCAAGUAUCAAUUAGUUACUCAUAUUAAGUCAGAAAUACCACUGCAUCAACAUUUAUUCCAUCUCUGACUUCUCUGAACUAUAGGUAGGUAAUUAUAAAUAUCUGAGUACCAGUUAAAACUCAACCAUGAAACCUAUUCACAAAAUUUUUAGAGCACAACUUCAUAGAUGGUGUGGAAUGCUUGAGAGCAACAUUAACUAGUCAAUUACUUUACAAUUUCAGCUGGCAAUAAAUCCAGAGUUUAAGGUUGCAGAGAAGACCUUUGACAACAAUGCUGCCGCGUGUGAAAUGAUCUAUGGUCACCAGAAUGUAUGGAUAGGUAACUGCACUCUCAUAAGACCCUAAGACUGAGGUUUAAUAACUCAUUUCUAAAUUCUUGCAGAUCAUGUGUAUUUCAGUGGCCCUUUGUUAAUAUAUGUCCUCUUUAAUUUGGUGAUAUACUAAACUUCAAUCAGUUUUUCCCCUAUGUUUUCCUAAUCGUGAUAAGCCAUGAAUAUACCUUCAAUAAAUGAAACAAAUUAAAAAAUCCAAGUAAAUAUUGGCUGUUUUAUAAGAUUUUAAACCAGGUUUUCCAACCUUAAUCAAAUAUAUGUUUGCCCUAUACCUUAAAUAAAUGAAACAUUAAAAAUCCAAGUAAAUAAUGACUUUUAUAAGAUUUUAAACUAGGGGUUCCAACCUGGGGUGCCCACAUCCCCAGGGAGUGCAAGAAAGAGUGGCUUGUGUGAAGUGAUUCUACUGUGUACAUUCUUUUUCUGAAUAAAUUAUAAUCUGUUUAAUUAAUAUAUACAUCUAAUGCACUGAGUUAAAACAUAUAUUUGAGUUUAAUUCGUUCACCUGUAAUGUUGUAUGUGAUUCAAUUUGUGGUUAUAAGAUUAUAAAUUAGAUUUCUUCAUUUUUUAAUGUGAUAUAACUAUUGUAGGGUGUGCAAACAUCAGUCAAACAUUUCCUAGUGGUGUGGGACACAGAAAAGGUUGAGAACAACUGGCUCCAACUGUUAUGAGACAGUGGUUGCUGUGCUCACUGAAGAAAAGAUGAAACAUAUACGUUAUUUAAUGAAGACUCACUCACAUAUACAGACUCCAACACAUUAGUUCAGGCCUUACCGAACAGAAUUGCACUGCAGGAAAGACAGGUUUAGGUAUAUGGCAAGACAACUGUUUACCCAACUAAUAUUUGGGCAUUUGCUGUGUACAAGUUAAGAUGAAAGGUUUUGGUUAAUGCCAUUAGUAAAACAGAUUUUCUCAAUGAAUUUAACGCCAUCCCAACAAAUAAAUAUCAUGAAUGCAGGUGAAGAUUUAAGUGGCUAAUGUCCUGCAUAGGUAUAUCCUUAUUUCAUAAUGUUAAAAGAGGUAAUUGGAGAAUUUCUUUGAACUAGGCAGCCAAGACCAUGUAGCCCUGGUAGGGAUAUAGGAGAGUGCUACCUCUCACACCAAGAAGCUGCUGCGAGCCAGGAUCAAACUUGUAAUCUUUCGGUCACAAGCUGAACACAGUACAUACCCACAGUGUCACCCGGUCCCCUACAAAUGUAAUUAGUUAUAGUUUAUUAAUGGAAUUAUUUUUUUUAAAUCAGUGACAUUUAUGCCUAUUGUUUUACAUAUAUUUUUGUGUGCAGUACAAGUGUUGUCAUUGCACAUAUAUUUGGUUUACUGAAAAGAAUGAUAGAUAUAACUAAAAUAGAUGAAUGAAAUAUAAUUUUAUUUUCACCAUAUGUGUUCAUAGGCUACUUUACUCCGCAACUAUUUAUUAGUCUAUUUUUAUUGUAUCUUCACUUUAUGGCAUACAAUCUAAGAUUAAACUUUCCAAGAAAUUUAUGUACUUAAGCUUCUGAGAAUUAAUGAAAAGUGUACUUUGAUCAUGUUAUAGUAGGAGCCUCAACUUGUUCUAUAAGGGUCCUUGUAGCAGCAGUCCAGGAGUAGUGAGUGGUGAGAGCAGCAGUUUCACUGCCAUUUGAAUUAUACUUUCUUAUAUGAA